AUGUAUUUAUUAUUUAUUCGAGAUCUUACUCGAUGGAUUAAGAGUUUUUUUAAAAUACUUGGAAUUAUAUCACGCUAUUCAUCGUCAACAUCAAAUCAAUCAAUGAUUCGUGGUUUAGCUCUUUCACCAACAAUGAAAAAUUUCAUUCGUUGUGCUGGUUUAUCAGGUAUACUGGCUAUAUGUUUAGGUGUUUAUGGAGCUCAUAUAAUGAAAGAAAAUACUCCAGAUGAACUUCGACGAUUAUUUCAAUUGGCUCAAACAUAUCAUUUACUACAUACAGUGGCUUUACUUGCUCUACCAUUUGUCUCACGACCAAUGAUUACAGGAUGUUUAUUUAUUAGUGGACUUACACUUUUUUGUGGUCCUAUUUAUUAUCAUGCAAUACGAAAUGAUACUCAAUUUCGUCGUGUAACACCAUAUGGUGGAAUUUUUCUUAUAGCUGGAUGGUUAUCAAUUGCUGUACUUUAG